CGUGUGCUCGCUCGCGGGGUAUUAUUUUACUCACAGUAGAAAAUAUACUACACUACAUAUAUAUUUUGUAACGCGGUGUGUGUGUGUCUUUUUUUUUUUGUGCGUGUGCCUGGGCAAAAAAUUUGAUAUUCACACACUGAGUAGUAGCGAUUGUAUUGUACAUUAUAAGAAAUACAUAAUAAUAAUAACAAGUGCUGCACCUCCUCUGCCCGCCGUCAUAGCGAGAAAUCAACGCAUUUUUCUCAAUCCGGUGCAAAACGCAGCAGCUGAACUAUAAGAAGAAGAAAAAGAAGUGGAAUCAGAAGCAGAAGAAGCAGCACGACCAACAGCAGCAGUAGAGCAGCAGCAGCAGCAGCAGCAAACGUAGAAAAUGCCUUCCAGCGAUCCACUGCCACCCAAGGAGGGUGCAUUAUUUCGUAAAUUAUUGAAAUGCUACGAAAUGAAGCAGUACAAAAACGGCCUCAAGCUGGCCAAGCAGAUACUCUCAAAUCCCAAGUACGCGGAACAUGGCGAAACACUGGCCAUGAAGGGUCUAACGCUGAAUGGCCUGGGCCGCCGUGAGGAGGCCUAUAAGUAUGUGCGCCUAGGAUUGCGUCGGGAUUUGCGCUCGCAUGUGUGCUGGCAUGUUUAUGGUCUGCUGCAGCGCAGCGAUAAAAAGUACGAUGAGGCGAUCAAGUGUUAUCGCAAUGCUCUCAAAUGGGAGAAGGACAAUUUGCAGAUAUUGAAGGAUCUGUCGCUGCUGCAAAUACAGAUGCGUGAUCGCGAAGGCUACAAGGAGACGCGUCAUCAUCUGUUCACGUUGCGUCCAUCGCAACAUGCCUCGUGGAUUGGAUUCGCAAUGAGCUAUCAUCUGCUGGGUGACUACGAGAUGGCCAACAACAUUCUGGAGACGUUCAGUCAGUCGCAGACUACGAUUGAGGCCCACGAUUAUCGGCACUCGGAGCUGCUGCUUUAUCAGAAUCAGAUACUCAUCGAAUCGUCGCAUCUGCAACAGGCACUCGAUCAUCUGCUCAAGUACGAGGCGCAAAUUGUCGAUAAACUGGCGGUGCGCGAAACCAUGGGUGAUCUGUACAUCAAGCUGGGCCAGCAGGAGAAGGCGGUGCCCAUCUUUGAGUCGCUCAUUCGUCGCAAUCCCGAGAAUGUGCUUUACUAUCAGCAAUAUAUGGCCGCACGUCGGGUAACCACAUCGGGCGCCAUUGUCUCCGUUUAUCGUGAAUUCCAGGAGCAAUAUCCGCGUGCCCUUUGCCCACGUCGCUUGCCCCUCGACAUUGCCGUUGGCGACGAGUUCCGUGAGGUGGCCGAUGAGUAUCUGCGUCGUGGUCUACGCAAAGGCAUUCCGCCAUUGUUUGUCAAUGUGCGUACGCUGCAUCAGGUGCCCGAAAAGACGGCGAUCAUAGAGGCACUCACGCUCCAAUACUUUGAGAAUCUGACGCGAUCGGGGCACUUUUCACGCGAGGAUGCCGAUGCAGAAGUGCCCCUGGAACCGGCCUCGGCCCUGGUGUGGACAGCGCUGUUUCUCGCCCAGCACUAUGAUUAUAUGCGUGAUACUGAUCGUGCUCUAGAGUACAUCAAUGCGGCCAUUGAUCAUACGCCCACGCUCAUUGAGCUCUUGAUCACAAAGGGACGGAUCUUUAAGCAUGCCGGCGAUCCUGUCGAGGCGUAUGUGUGGCUCGAGGAGGCACAGAGCAUGGACACGGCUGAUCGCUACAUCAAUUCGAAGUGCGCUAAGUAUAUGCUGCGCGCCAAUAUGGUGCUGGAGGCGGAGGAGAUUUGCGCCAAAUUCACGCGCGAAGGCGUCUCGGCCAUGGACAAUCUGAAUGAGAUGCAGUGCAUGUGGUUCCAGACGGAAUGCGCGCUGGCCUACGAGCGCAUGGGACGCUGGGGCGAGGCGUUAAAGAAAUGCCACGAGGUGGAUCGCCAUUUUGCCGAAAUCAUUGAGGAUCAAUUUGAUUUCCACACGUAUUGCAUGCGCAAGAUGACGCUGCGUGCGUAUGUCGGUCUGCUGCGGCUCGAGGAUGUGUUGCGUCGUCAUCCGUUUUACUUUAAGGCAGCCAAGUGCGCCAUCGAGGUCUACAUACGGCUGUAUGACAAGCCGCUCGCCUCGGAGACAACCAUUGAAGAGAUUGACAUUGAGAACCUGCCGCCAUCGGAGCUGAAGAAGCUGCGCAGUAAACAGCGCAAGGCGAAGAAGAAAGCCGAAUUGGAGAGUGCACAGGCGGCGCAGGCGCAAGUGAAGCGGGAACAGCAUCAGAAAUCGAAGCAGCAGGCAAAUCAGGAAACCGAUCCCGAUGCCCCACAAUUGGAUGAGCUAAUACCGGAGAAAUUGGAGCGCACCGAUGAGCCGCUGGAAAAGGCAAUUGAUUUCUUGAAACCGCUGCAGGAAUUAGCCAAAGAGCGCAUCGAGACGCAUUUACUGGCCUUUGAAGUGUACUAUCGCAAGAAUAAGUUGCUGCUAAUGCUGCAAUCGAUACGACGCGCACGCGCCUUGGAUGCCUCACAUCCGGUGUUGCACAGCUGCAUCAUACGGUUCAUGAAGGCGCUGGAGAGCGCCAAGCAGGAGCAGCCGUUCAAUGUGCAUGUGCAGCAGGUGCUCGAUAAGGCCACCAAAGAACUGAUAGGCAAGAAGACGCCACAGCAGCUGAACGAUGAGUUCAUUGCCAAGUAUCAUACAACUUCCAUACUGCAUUUAUACGAAGCGGCGCGUGGUCUCUACGAGCUGGAUGCCAGCAAAAAGCAAGCGGCCAUUAAGCUCAUCACGGAUUUCAAUCUGAGCAAGCUGCGGCUUGAGGAGGCCACCAAGAUUUACACGGCGUUGCGGGACGGCGAUGUGUUUGGCGAUUGCGAGAAGGAGGCGGAACAAUAUAAGCUCAAGUGCCAGGAGCGUUUCCAAUACGCACGCAUCUUUCGCAAUAUCGAGGAGCUAGAGGCUCAGCUGCAGGAGAAGGAGGCAGCCAAGCUGCGUGCCGAGGAGGAGCAACAGCAAUUGAAUCAUCUUGAUUCGAAUGAGACGUCGGCGUCAGUUGUCGGUGGUGGCGAGCCCGCAUCUGUUGCGGCAGCGUCUUAGAAGCAACGAGACUGCCCUAACUGCUACUGUAACUGUAACUGUAACAACACCAACCUAACAACAACAAUAACUAUAACUACAACAACAGAAACAACAGCAACAGAAACGUAUACAACAACAGCAAGAACAUCAUCAGUAAGCCUAAGUCUAUGCAGAACAAGAAGAAGAAGAAGAACAGCAUGAGCAACAAUAAAAACACACUAUUAACAAACAACAAACAAAACAGACAAAAUCAAAAAACAAAUAUCUAAUAACAAGAGAGAGAGAGAGAGGAGUGCUGGAAGAAUUGCUUUCGAUGCCACUUUGGGGGUCUUUGGCAGCGAAGAUAGUUCCGUUUUUUAAUCUAUGUAAAACAACAAAUACAACAACAACAAAAACA